AUGUACUUAUGUCCUUAUCUGUCCUUAUUGGUUUGGCGUUCACUACUAUUGGUAUAUGACCAUUCAUAAUGUCUGGUAAAUGGGGCAUCACGGGAUAUGUCGUCCUCUCAGUCAUAACUUGGGGACUGGCAACAGACCCCCCUCUCGAGACCUACAAUGUUGACAGAGCCGGGAUAUCAGUCUCCGGUGUGUCAUCAGGGGCCAUCAUGGCGUCACAACUACACGUCAUUUACUCCAGCAAAAUCAUGGGCGUCGGAAUAGUAGCAGGAGUGCCCUUCGCCUGCUCGGGGGGUAGUCUGGCGGGACUGUCCACGUGUAUGAAGGUCCCGUCCCUGGAGUCGGUUGCCACAUUCACGGCCCUAGUUACCACGGGGGCAUUCUUUGGGAACGUGGACGCCACCUACCACAUGCGUCACGACAAAGUGUUCAUCAUCUGCGGACAACAAGACUCCGUGGUACAUCCGGACAACGGUCCAAACAUCGCUCGUUUUUAUGAGCACUUCAUCCACGACAGCCACAAUAUCAAGAAGGUUUUCAACCUGCAGACAGAACACUGCAUGCCGACGGAAAACUUCGGUGGUUCCUGUACAGUACUCUCAGACACAAACUAUCUCAACAACUGUGGCUAUAAUGGUGCGUUCGAAAUCCUCAACUUCAUUUAUGGGGGACAUUUAGUGAGACCAUCCAGUAAUACAGCGCUAUCUGGCGAGUUGCGGAAGUUUAACCAGGCGGAGUUUUUCACGGCACCACCCCUGACCUAUAGUUUUGACACCACCGGGUAUAUCUACAUACCAUCUAGAUGUCGGGACAAAUCACACAAAUGCAAACUCCACGUGGCCCUGCACGGAUGUAAAAUGGGCAGACAUUACAUAAAUGAGGACUACGUCAGACACGGGGGAUAUAACGAGGUGGGGGAGCUGAAUGACGUCAUCAUCCUCUACCCCCAGGUCGUCCCCAUCCCCCUCAACCCCUACGGUUGUUGGGAUGGGUAUGGAUACACCGGCGCCAUGUUUGCUACUAACAAAGGAUUCCAGGAGGAAGGCAUCAGACGAAUGAUGAGACAAGUAAUGGGAGGAUGGUGAUGGUCACGUGAAGAUCACGUGAUGAGAGUCAUAUGGUUUAUCUACAAAAUAAUUCCAUUAGGAAGAGUAUU